AUGCGGGACGCGGUGGAGGAUGAGACUGUGCUGUCCUGGGGGUUUGGGGGCUUUGGGGACAGAGGAGGCACAGAGCACCCUGUGUGUGACCACAGCAGCUCGGCGUCCCUUUCUCCUGUGCCUGUGCUCUUGCUUCAUGUGUUCCUACUCCUGUCCCUGCGCUACUGUGCCAGAGCUCCUGCUAUUGUGCCCCCUAUUCCUGUAACUGUGUCAACGUCCCUGUGCUCCUGUCUUGCACUCCUGCCCAGUGCUCCAGUCCCUGUGCUCCAGUCCCUGUGCUCCUGUCCCUUUGCUCCUGUCCUUGUGCUCCUGUCCUUGUGCUCCUGUCCCUUUGCUCCUGUCCUUGUGCUCCUGUCCUUGUGCUCCUGUCCCUGUGCUACUGUCCCUUUGCUCCUGUCCUUGUGCUCCUGUCCCUGUGCUCCAGUCCCUGUGCUCCUGUCCCUGUGCUCCUGUCCUUGCACUCCUGUCCUUGCGCUCCAGUCCCUGUGCUCCAGUCCUUCUGCUCCUGUCCCUGUGCUCCAGACCCUGUGCUCCAGUCCUUGCGCUCCUGUCCCUGUGCUCCUGUCCCUGUGCUCCAGUCCCUGUGCUUCAGUCCCUGUGCUCCCUUGCUCCGCUCUCCCCUCCCUGUAG